UCAGAUUCACUAAGAGUAAUCAUGGCAGAAACCGCUCCAGCAUCCGCGACUAAAGCGGCCAAGAAGAAAUCAGCCGCCAAAAGCAAGAAAGCGGGUCCAGGCGUCCGCGAGCUGAUCGUCAAGGCUGUGUCCGCAUCUAAAGAGAGGAGCGGGGUGUCCCUCGCCGCCCUGAAGAAAGCGCUCGCCGCCGGUGGAUACGAUGUGGAGAAGAACAACUCUCGCGUCAAGACCGCCAUCAAGAGCCUGGUGACUAAUGAAACCCUGGUCCAGACUAAAGGAACCGGCGCCUCGGGCUCCUUCAAACUCAACAAGAAAAAGACCGAGACCAAGACUAAACCCGCCAAGAAAGCGGCUCCUAAAGCCAAGAAGCCCGCAGCCAAGAAACCCGCAGCCGCGAAGAAGCCCAAAACUGCAGCAGCAAAGAAGCCCGCCGCUAAGAAAUCUCCGAAGAAGGUGAAGAAACCCGCCGCUAAGAAAGCAACGAAGAGCCCCAAGAAGGCAAAGAAACCAGCGACUCCUAAGAAAGCAGCCAAGAGCCCGAAAAAGGCAAAGGCAGCCAAACCCAAAACGGCGAAACCUAAAGCAGCCAAGCCUAAAGCCGCCAAGCCUAAAAAGACUGCAGCUAAAAAGAAAUAAACUCAUUUCUUUUUCUUUCUUUUUUUUUUACAAAUCAAAAAGGCUCUUUUAAGAGCCACCCACUUAUUCAUAGUAAAGAGCAUUAUUUUAUGUCACUGUUCAGUGAAUGUGUCAUUGUCACCGCGAGAAUUAAAUAAUGAGCCCUUUAUGUGCAAAAUACAUUUAUCCAAAAUUUCACACCUUAAACCUAGUCCAAGACUAAAAUGCAUGUUUUAGCUAUUUUUUUUAGUGAAAGCAAUUUGACUUGAUCUUACAAUGUCAGUGCCAUUGUUUAAUCUCAAGAUGCACACGAAUUAUGUUUAUUAUUAUGCUUUAAAACGACUAUACUGGAAAGCACUAUACAUUUAGAUGUGAAUUGAACGUUAGACAUUUAAAUUUACAAUUUAAACAUUUUGAUAAACUCUGUAUCUGUGUAGACGUUCACAUGUUUAUAACAAUGAAACUUAAAACUAAACC